AAAUAUGGUUGAAAAUAUGGAAUAAUCAGGAGACAAUCAUAAGCAUUCAACUGUUUUACUGGUGUUAAUAUGUUGACUAAAAAUCGAGAAAAUGGUCCAUAUAGUAGAAUCGGAAUUUAAUUUUAAAUCGUCAUCCAAAAAAUCCUAGACGAAUCGAAUUGGGAGGAAAGCAUAUUGUCCAAGCCCUUCCUGACAUCCUGUAAUAGAUCAGGAGAAACCCUUCAAAAAAACCACGACAAGAAGUUCACGGUAACACCAUCACAUUGUUUUUUCUGUCGGUUGAAAUAACACAUUUUCUUUUACAAGGAUAGAAAACAAAGAAGUACAGACAACCUUCACACUCAGAGCCUUGAGUCAGGUGUCUCAGUGAAAUUGAGUAAUCCUUUCCCACAGUAAUGAAUAACUGCAGUGCUUCCAGGUUAUUGAUGUGAUAAUCACUUGGCUCCCCCCCUUUUAAGUAAACGGUUGAUGUGUUGGUGUUAAAAGCUAAAUCUGUUAAAGCUUAAGUGCACACCUAUCGGGGGAGGUGAUGGCUUUGCAGGUUGAUGAAUGAAAGGAUCAGAAAGUCACACUUCAUUGACUAAAGGUGGGAGGAUACUGAUAGGCUUUGGAGUUAAAGAGGAAAAUAUUGAGCAUCUGGCAGGUCACGAGUGCGCUGGUGUGUCAUCACUUACGAACAGAUUGAAUAGAUGCCACUUAACCUGUGAAGAUGAGUGGAUCAUGAUGCUUUUCAGUAACCUACGGGAGUUGUUUUUCUUACUUGUGUUUGGUCAGAAUGAGAGGAGAGUUCAGCUGAGACAUACUUUACGAAUGUGUCAUCAGCUCCUGACCAACAUCAAGCUGUUUAUUGGAAAAACUUAGAACCAUGAAGGAAAACCCGCCAAAUGAAAAAGGCGUUUGUUACAAAAAACUGGUAGAGUGUUUGUUAAACCGUCAUUUGGACAAGAUAGAGAGUUCUGACACCGAUUUAGAAACGUGAAAACACCAACAGGCUGGACUGUGACACAAAAACUGAGUUCACAGUGUGAAAACAGCCUAGUCAAACAUCCAGUGACUCAGUUGUUCCUUAGCAACCUGCCUGGCCCAACCUGCCAAUACAGAUCACGCUCAACAAACACACUCUGAAUACCAGCAGGGAAAUAAGACAGAGGGGAGGAGACAGGGAACCCCCUUUGAGAGAGAGAGAGAGAGAAAAAAAACACACACAGAGCCGGCCCAGUGCUGACUUUAUGGGCUGUGUUUCCACUCACAGCUGUGACGCUUCGUGUGCACUCAUGUUUUCACGUCUGGAGCCAUCUUGGCUGUUUUACCCUUCCCCAACUAAAUAAAGAAAAACAAACAGAGAGAGGCUUGCUUGGCCUGCUCAGAGAGAAACAGCUCGUAGCAUGCAUGCAUAAAUGAGCGCUUUGUCAAGGUGAAACCGAGGUGUAGCUGGACUGGUGCUGGUUGAAGGGGGUCGAACCCAACCUUUACCAAACACUGAUUGAUUAACUCAAAGAAGAGAGUGUGUUAAAAUGACCCCACCUCAUCCCCCUCCUUCCCAUCAUCCAUUUACUCCUGCGUCACUUGAAGUUGCCUCACUUAGACCCUUUCAGAAAGUGAGUUGAACAAUUAAAACACCAGGAUACUUUCUUGCCUGCAGCACAGCAAGUCAAACAUCUGCUAUUCUCAUCUCCACACUCUGAGAUACAGGUUUCGUACGAAAAAGACAGACAACAUAAAACCUUGCUCAGUUUUCCCAUGUUUCAAUGUUUCCUAUGGCGCAAUUAGGAUGGAGUAUGGCCUACUUUCCACACAGAGGGUCCAAAACGAAGGCAGCGUAACCGUGGCUCCCGAGUGGAAAACCAAAACUUCUAAAUUUACAGAGCGAAGUCCGACUGCAGCGUACCUUUUCCAUUCACAGCGCCAAACACAGCGAGAAUGAAUAGCUCCAUCCCCGCCCCUGAGAUAAUCGAACAAAGACGACUUAAAAUCACACUUAAAAUGAAUGGAUUAACAAAGACUGCUGUGGUGGUGAGUCAUGUUGUAAAAGUGUGUGUGUCACAGAGAUUAAGAGGCCUCCUGCGUCAAGUAUGCUCUACUGACUCUGAUCACAUGACUGAGGGAAUUCCAGUACAGCUCUGCCAGAUUUUCACCAAGAGGCAGCAGAUGUUGCAGCAUAAUGCUCAUGUGAGGGUCUUUCUUUCGUAUGACAUAAUUGAUAACAACUACAUAUGUACAAAUAUGACGAUACAUGGCUUUGAAUGGAAAUUUGCAAUAGGGCGAAUACAUGACGGGUACUUUCAACUUGACAUCUGAGGGGUUUCGCACCACACAUAAAUAAUUUCUUAAGAGUGUUUCAAGCCUUGUAUGCGUGCAGCAUCUCAAUGUUGUGAGAAAGCAAAGCAGCAGGGGAGAAUUCUCUGCAGUAUUACAUAACUCUAUAGCUUACUACAACCAGGGGGCCAGAGCCUAUCAACUGUUUCCCCCCUCUCUCUGUCUUCUCUGGUGACCUUCUUAGCCGCUGACACACUUUUGAUCCAGGCGAUGCUUAAAUUGAUGACUAUCACUGGUUGAACGCCGCCGCUGACACUGUAACGAGUCUGGAAAACAUCAUGCAUACUAUUGUUGAUCAAGCCUCUUUCAGUAUAUUCAUGCUGGAAUCCCACACACUGCGUCAUGUCAACUCACAACUGUCAAACUGAAACAGGAAACACAAACCCAGGACUUGGUUUCAUUCAUACAACAAGUUAUGUUUUUACAUAGAUGUAAUUUUGAUGAAACUGUCCCUCAUGAACCCAGGAAGAAGCCUUCAAGGACUCCUGGAGGUCCUUAAACCCUAGUUUGGCAACUCUUAACGCCAUAGGAGCCAUAGGAGCGUUUCCUGGUUGAGACAUAUGUUUGCUUCUGACUUCAAUACAAUGUAUUCAGCGACUGUAAUAAUGCUCAAUGACACUCCUAGGUAAUUGCUGCUCAAACACUGUAUUGUGACAAGCGGUCAAAGUGGUGUGUAAUAGCUGAUAGAUUAGUAUGUACACACUAUGCAGUUGAAUUACCAGGAAGCGCCAAAGCUAGAGGGGAAACCCGAGGAGUAAUAUAUCACUUUCUUCACUGCGAAGCACUGCUUUCGGCCAAAAAUAGUCCAGCGAAUCUAAGAAUAAUGACGGGCUGUGAGUGAAAUAGUGUCAGCACAACCCAGCCCAACCUUUCCAUUGCACUCCGCACAGUUUUCACUGCGGAGAGAGUGACAGAGACAGCGAAAACACACCGCCUUUCCCCCACUCACUCACUCACUCACCUCUGGAAGAUAUUCCACAGAAAACCCUGGUCCGGAGGGGCGUUGAUGUGCGGUGGAGCUUUGUACGGACUGUGAUACGCCAUUUUAAAAGGAAAUGUCCUGUCUGAAGAGUCAAAGUAACACCGCUGGACUGCUCUUCUUCCUCUCGCUCUCGCUGUAGUUUCUUCACCGAGCAGCUCCUUCAAUCAGACUCUCCACCACCACCACCACCAGACGCUCUCACGUUGCUGCCUGCCUCCUCGCGCUCAGAGGCGUGGCCAAUCAUUCACCACUUCCCAUAAGCAGGGUGACGUCAGGUUUCCUCACAUUUUCCUUCCCUUUCAUUUGGACAAAUAUAUAUAUAUGAGUCACCAGAGCGUAAAAUUAUUAACUAAACAUUAGGUUCAAGAGACUUUUUUAAAAAUCAUUAAUACUUAAAAUAAAAUAGUAAAUAAAAGAACAAAAUAAAAAACAAAGACCAGUAGCCAACCAAGACUUUAACUUAAAUGUGACAUGAGAAGGAAUGUUUUAUCUAUUUAUUUCAUUUUAUUUUUAAUUUAUUCAUUUUACAUUUUAUUCAUUAUAGGGAAAAUAUGUUCUUUAUGUUCAUGUUUAUGAAAGUUAAAGCUGUUCGAUAGUCAUCACUCAAAGUUUCAAAAUUAAAAGUAAAGGUAAAUUUAAAAAAGAAACUAUUGAUCAUUAAAGAUAAUUUAAUCACUUCUGCUACUACUAUAAACUGUUUAUUAAUCGUAGAAUCUCAAAGUGUGCCAGUUUUAAUCAGUAAAACUUGCUUAAACUAUAGUUUUUUUCUUAUUAUUAUUAUUUUUUUAAUGUAAAGAAAACCAAACAACCAUAACAACAACAAUUAAAUUAAAUAAAUAAAUAGAUAAUAAUAAUAAUAGUAAUAAUAAUAAUAAAAAGAGAAAAAAGAAAAAGAAAAAAAAACUAUAUCAGUAGGGAGUGAUCUUUCUCUUACAUAAUGAAUACUGGUUUGUGAAAAUAAAGUUUCUCCAGUUAUUGAUUAACAAAUGCUGAUAUCUUUUCCAUUGUAUAAAUGUCCUUGAUAAUGUCCACCCAAAUAUUUAUAUAUAUUGGGUUUCCCUGUAAUCGCCAUUUCCUGGACUUAAACUAUUGUUUAUAAAAUAGUAUAUUGUUUAAAUCUCUGACGAAAAUAAAAUCCAACGUUUUGUUGUAAUAUUAAACAUCCGAGUAAAUAAACAAACAUCGGAAGUAAAAUUUUCUUCUGUACUUGAACGCAUCAUAAAUGUUUAUAUUUAAAUUGCAGAAACUUGAAACCUGAUUGGACAAGAGAGGACAGACGCGGGAAAACCACGGUGGGGCGCUGUUACCGUGAAAAAAAACCUAUUAUUCCCGAUCUUUGUUUUCUUAAAAGUAUCUGAUAUAGAAAGUUUAAGUAAACAUGUUUUACUACCCAAAUGUCCUUCAGCGCCACACUGGAUGUUUUUCAACAAUUUGGUGAGUUUGUAAACAAUUUCUUCUCGGUUAUUGUACUUUUGCAGCGCAUUGUUUGCUGCUAACUCUAUUGCUAAAAGUCUAAAACAUGGUGGCUGGUUAAAUUUAAGUUUAAUUUUAAUUAUUUUUGUUUUAUCAUUUAGGUUAGCAGCCACAAGAGGUAUUAGGGUCACCCGGAGAGAGCUUCUCAGGGUCAAUGUCAAGCGAACAUGGUAAGAAUAUCCAUCAUAGUUUAAUCUCAGCAUGUAAAACUAUUUUAAAUUUUGAUAAAUAUGUGCGUCAGUGACUCUUGUUUUGAAUUUUGUUUAAUAAUACACUAAAUCAUUGUGUUAAAUGUUUACAGCGGGGACAUCCUGGACUAUGUGACAGCCCAGGUACCCCCACCACAACCCAACCUGCCAAGGCCCAGGUUCUCCCUCUACCUGUCGUCCCAGCUGCAGUAUGGAGUGGUGGUUGUGUACCACAGGCAGUGUGGCCUCCUCCUUGGUGGGUGGAAAUGAACAAAGAACCUGGAGACGAGCAAAGAGUCUCAGUAAUUCUGUUUCAGUGUUAAGCCAAUGCUUUGCUCCGUCUACUACACAAUGCAUGUUUUCCAAAUCAUCCCUGGUUUAAAAGCCUACGGAGCCGAUGAAUGCAUUUCCAUCGAAUAGCAGUCUCUAUUCAUCAUGGCGUACAUUACACCCUGAGACUAACAUUGCAUCCGACAGAAUCACAAUCACACUGUCGACAUGGUUGAUCAAAACUGUGAAAAACACUGCGGGUCAGGAUAAUAAGCAGGAGGAGAAGCCAAGAAAGCAAUCUCUGUUUGUCUGUCUGUCGUCUGCAGUGGCUCUUGCUGCAGAGAUGGUAUUUCACUUAAUCUGUCUGUGGAAUAAGACGGAGCCUGUAAAAGCUGCCACAUACAAUCUAGAGUGGAUAAUAGGGCUGGUGGGAAUAUGUCCUCUGUUUCAUGAUCAUCCUGUAAACAUGGUAAAACAAUUCAGUGGUGAUUCUUACAUUGACAAUACUAAUUAUUACCCUCUGGACAAAGAUAAAGUUUGCAGAGAUAUUUCCUUGGUCCACUGAAGAUAUCUUGUUUAUAGCCUUUCUUUUCUUGCCUGCUUUUUUGAUCCAAUAGUAUUUUUAUAAGUUGUGCAAGUGAACAUUUGAACUUCUCUAUUUUCAGAGGAGGCUCAACAGACCAUGGACCGCCUGCUGCGCUCUAAAAUAUGCACACGUAUUGACAUGUCUGAAUCUGACAGGUGGGCGCACAAGGAAACACACAAACUAUUUGAUUCUUGUAGAGAAAAGAGUUGAAAAACCUGGAGCGUUACUAUUUGAAGCAGGACCUUGUAGAGGUUUUGCAUAUUCGGGGUCAAGGGUUGAGGUAUUCUUGUGUUAUUCCCGCAGGCUGGCCUUGGAUGUGCCUGACAGUCUGUACAUGAUGGAGGAGGCAGAGGGGGCUCAGGACCCUUUCUUUGGUCUCAUGGAGUCAAACCAGCUGCCAAGCCCCUACAAGAUAUACCAGGUACAUUUACCAGUCGUUUCACAGCCGCACACUCACUCUCAGAUUGUAGGUCACUCCCAUUCUGACAGAAAUCCAGAGAUAGAGUAGAUUACAGUGACGGCUCUUACUCAUACUGAGUGCUGUAAAAAAGGUCUGACAAGGCUGAACUUUGUCCUUUUUGUGGACUUUCCCUACGGAAAUAUCAUGACUGCCUUCAGUCAUCAACAGUGCCACUGAGUGAGACUAAAUGGGGACAUGAGAUGUAAAGGAUUGUGGACUAGUGUGAAAAUUAGAAAUAGCUGUACAUCCAGACCUGACUGCGUAUUCCAAUUUUUUCCCACACAUGUAAUUUGUCAAUUUGUCAGAGUUGUUACAUAAGACUUCAUGUGCACUUUUAGCCGAUGGUGCUGGUUGGAGAGGCCGGUUCACAGCACUCCCUGGUGCCCGUUCCCCAGACGACACCUGACAAAGAGGGUGAGACCGACAUUUUAACUUGUGAAAGACUAACUGUGUCCUCAUCCAGGGAUAGCUGCCAUAUAAAAUCUCAUUUCAACAUCAAACGGGUCCUAAAGGUUGCCUGAUUUAAAAAAGCUUUGACAAACUUUGAAGUAUUUUGGUCUAUUUGUGUCCACUGAACUGAGGAAUAGUUGUGGUAUCAUAUGUGAUUAAGCUCAUAAUGGAUUCAAAACUGCCAAUCAAAAGCCCAGAUAUAACUGUAUUAAAUAUCUCUUCUUGAGUUUUCAUUAAUGUGUCAAAAAAUAGUUCCAUGUUCUUUUUGAAAAGCUUGUUUUCUAAUUCCCGCUGCUGUGUGAAAUCAGGUUUUAGGUCACCUCCAGCUGCCAUCACCCUGACGGAGAAGGAGCAAUUGCACAUCCAUACUGCUGAGGUAAACCCUCUGUCACAGUGCGGGGACAGAAAACAUCCAAGUCAUCAUUUUUAGACACAGCAUCCACUCUGGUGAUUCAUUGAGCUGGAACGUGGGACGUGUGCUCACAGCAGCUUUAGUUAGGGUCUUUGUCACAGGAAGAGGUGGACAAAUAUAAAAAAAUAAAGACAUUCCUCUAUUGUUAAUAUAAUACCAAAUAGUUAUUUUUGUAGAACAAUACCAGAUGCUUUACAGACUGUCCUGAAUUCACCGCUAAAGUCCAAACAAAUCAUGUUAGAGUUCGAAAAUGCUGCUUCGCUAUUAGCUUCGUCAUAAUGUCACUUAAGGACUGAUAAUGCUCCUCUUAAAGCAUCGUGACCUGAUGAAUUUCAUUUGGGUUUAAUUGAAUGUGACUUGAUUACAUCAGCAUGCUCUCAGUUUGUUUACAGAGACGUGUGGCUCACAUAGAUCCGUGUCCUCUGCCCCAGAUUGUUUGUCCCUUGGGGUGGAUUUUGCUGCUCAUGCAAAAAUUUUAUAACAUCUUUUAUUAUCGCUCUGUUCCUUACUCACUAAAUAGACUGAUCGUCGCACCUCUUUUACCUCCACUCUUCCGUCUCCACUUAAGUUUCCUCUUUCUGUUUCAGUACUUUGUUGGGGAUGAUCUACCUGAAGUCACAGCAAGGGAGAUUGACUUAUUGUUGGAUCAGCCAGACCAGUUUCGGGGAGGUGGGUGAUCCUGUCCUCGAAGCUUUCAACGUGGAAACUGUGUAGUCUGAUGUGGAUGUCACCCUGGGAGAGAGGAAAAGUUAUAAAAGUCUGAUUGUUGAGAUUGUUUUUGCUAGUUGGAAAAAAAACAGUUCAUUGAGCAUUGUUUUCAUUGAAUUUCAUUGUUAUUACCUACAUGUAUGACAGAAACAGAGGAACAGCAGAGGAUCAGGGAUCUCGAAGGAGGCCUGACCUCUAUUGACCAGUGAGUCCAGCAGAAAAAACAGUUUUGAAUCUUUCUUUUAACUGUUUUAACACUGAGAAGAAUGCCUGAAAUACAACAUAACUGUCAUAGUUAUGAUACCAGUGUGUGUGUGUGUGUGUGUGUGUGUGUGUGUGUGUGUGUGUGUGUGUGUGUGUGUGUGUGUGUGUGUGUGUGUGUGUUUUAUUGUUUCAAGGCUAAAGGAGACCAUGCUUGGAGCAGAGCAGCACAGUAUGUGGCUGCUGGAUGAGGAGUCAGGUCACCCUGUCGAGGUUCCUCUGGCAGCUGUUCCCCCAGAGAUGACCCCACCGCAGGUCGCUAUGCCAACCUCACCCUCUGGGGCAUCUGGGAGAGAGAGAGGGACAGAUAGUCCCCAUGAGGAGGUGAGACUGGGUGAUACCGACUGCUCUCUCAUUUGUUCCUUUGUUAUCACCUGCUGUUUGAGUUAUGUCACAUAGGAAACAACAAACAGUGACGAAGUGUUUUCUAUUGUGACAGUUGUCAUUAACUUCAAUCUUCAUUCCAUAGAGUGAGUCACGAGCAGCUGGUUUCGUUUUGGAAACUAGUAAUGGAAAGCAGAUGUGGGUGUGGCACCACAUCCAUUCAUAGUUUCCAGUUUGUGUGCUGGAGUGCGGCUUCUUUAAAUAGAUUCACAGAUUAAAUCUGUGCGUUUCUCACGCUGCCAUCAGGUCGUCCCCCCUCUUAAGAAGACGCGCGGAGGUCGCAGGCGCCAACUGAUCUUCGCAGAUCCUGAGACCCAGAUAUCUGACCUAGAAUUGAAAGAACAGAUCGAAAACCCGCAGGCAGAGACACAAGAUCUGGUACUGAAUCUGACUUGUCUCACUCAACCUUAAAACAGCUCUUUCCUCUUAUCCCUCAGUAGCAAAUCAUAACUUAUCAAAGGUUGAUCAUACACAUACAUCACUCAAUUUCCUGUCAUUUCUCUGAUCUAAAACUAUUAACUUUGAAAAAAACUAACUUUGAAACUUCAUCAUCACACUUACUUAUUAUUCUCCCUGUCUUUCAGCCUGGGGUGUUGCUGGACCUGCUUUCCUUGACCAAGCGUCCUGCUCCUGCUCAGCUCUUCACUGCCCCCUGUGGAUGUCAGUACCAAGUGUCAGAGAUAAUAAUAUAUCAGUGAUCACUCAUGAAUAUCAGCCCCCAGCUGAAGACCCCCAAAGAUAAUAAAUAGGAGUCUUGAGAAAACCAAUUCUGUCCUUUGAAUUAAUCUAGAAACUAAUAGCGAGUGUGCUCUUGUAUUGAGUUAGCGGCUGCAGAAAGACGUAAGCUUGGACAACUUUUUGAUAGUAAAAACAUGACAAAUGAAGGAUCAGUCAUGUCAGAUUCUAGAUGAGGUUUCUUACCUACCUUGCACCUCUCGAAGAAGCAGUUUACAGCACUUAUAGUGGAUUGGUUGUCACCUUUAGAGAUGCUUGGAAACACUCUGACUUUUCCCUUACAGCCCUCCUCAACACUGACCUCCAGACUGUGUGGAAGAAGUGUGCUUCACUCGCCGUUUUCAUGGAAGAAGAGGAGGUGCGAGGAGAGUCGGAGCUGGAUAGAGAAGUUCUGAGGACAGAGAGGAAGAGGAGGUAUUCAAGCAUGAAGGAGGUGAGUAUGUUAGACACAAAUCUUUUUUUUUUUUGGAUUUUGAUUUUUCAUCAUACUUCAUCAUGUGUCCUGCUAUUUGUGGGGAAGAGAAUAAAGGUUAUCCACUGGGCAGCUGGCCUGCAGUGGUAUUCUGCCAACUGUGUUCAGUUCAGUGGUGGGACAAAUUAGAUUAUGAACCUCGUUUCUAUUUCAUGAGACUCUGUGACUCUCUUACUCGCAGAUCUCCAGUGAGUCAGGACUGCAACCUGCUGAGGGCUCAUGUAAGAUCUCCCCCCUUUUCUCUCGCACAUUAGCUUUUCAGAUUCAUCAUUCACAGCCAUUCAUUGUGUGUUUUUGUGAUAAACAGCUGCAUUAGACAUGUCAAAAGAGGACAAAUCUGUGAGCGACGCGAUCACUCCAGUCGGCAGAUGGUAAGUCUCAGAUGGGCAGACAGACACACGGCUAGAAGUAUAAAGAAACAGAUCAACUGUGUGUUUGUGUGUUUGUGUGUGUGUGUAGGUCUCCACAACAGGAGGCUCAGCUCCAAAUGGCGCCUAUAGCAGAGGAGAACAUUGAGAUGCCAGAGGCUCAGACUGAUGCAGAGUGUGGGGAUAUGCUGAGGUAUUUUAUUUAAUACUCACAGCACAACCACACACACACAUAUGCAAGCUUGAAAAACACACGCACUGACAUCUGCUUUGAAAUUGAAAAUAGAAAACAGUCAUUCAGCAGAGGGAUGAACCUGAACCACACACACAUAUGCCUCAUAAACUCCUCUGCAUCAAAUCUGGUUUGUUAAAACUGUUACAGGCUUCGAUUUAUUGAUUGAUCGGCGAAUUAUAAACCCUGGUGUUGGCUUUAUUUAGUCAUGCCCUCAGUGUAGCAGGACUGAAAGCAUGAUCUGAAAUAUUUCUGUCUCAGGCCUUACAUUGUGAUACCAUCAAUUGCUCAUUCUGCAUGUUUUUGUUUUUUUUUAGCUUUAUUUCUAGCAUUUUCCAGAGGUGUGGAGAAGUCACCUUUGACUCUCUGGUGCCCCCUGAGGCAGAUUGCGCCACUGCAGCUCACACUCUCCUCAAACUGCUGGGUGAGGAAUUCAAACACUGACGCGUAUUUACUCCCUGACUUCUGUUUGUUAUUGAUUAGUUAAGCUAACGCAGCUGUGUGUGACUAAUAACGUUCAGUGAAUCUGAUGUGUCUCUUUUUCAGAGCUGCUGUCUGCUGGACAUGUGACCGUACAACAGGCGGAGCCCUACAGUACCAUCCAAAUAAACCCCAGGAUUGUUGUCUGA